GCUGACCCACCAUCUUGUUUCCGCUUUGUGGUAAUGAAACAGAAUUGUGUGUAGGAUAUUUCGUGAAGCUUAGUAUAUUUUGCCCUUUAUUAAAACGGAUUAAGUACAGAGGAAAAUACAUUAAAGUAUUACCAUUUUUACCAAUAUAUUAUCAUUGUUGCUAUAGAUAUAAUAUAUAUAAUUUGAUUAAAUGCACAAAAGAAUUAUUUAUGUCUUAAUGGUUCUAUAACUAUCGAAAUUUGCAAUGAUCGUUGCACUUUGUUUGUGAUCCUUUGUGUUUUUGUGUUGCCUAAUUUGUAAAAGAUGCCGAAAAAAUCAAAUAAACCGCAAAGGGGUGGCCGAGGUGGAAGACUUGGAAAUUUUGAGGAUAAACAUUAUUUUGGGCACGAUGACCGUGUACCCAGAAAUGACAGAGGUUCAUAUCUUGGUAAUAGGCCUAGAGUAUCAUUCAAAACACAAGCAAGACCAACAAGGGAUGUGCCUAGAAGUCUGACAUUAGCAUGCUUAGAUGAAGAUGUACAAAUGGCAACAAGUUCCAAUAAUAAUAAUAAUAAUAGUAGGCAAGUUAUUAUAACAGGAAGAAAUAGAAGGACGCAACGUGGAAGAAAUAGCCCUGUGCCUCAUAGAAGAUAUAGGAGUAGUUUAGCUCCUAGAUCUAAGCGAUUUCCUAUAGGAGAAAUUAAUUGGUAUAAAGUUACUAUACCAUAUGGACAUAAAUAUGAUAAAGAUUAUAUAAUAAAUAAUCUUCUUAGUUAUAUAGCACCGGAAACUUUUCUUCCAAUAAUGUAUCGGGUUUUUGGAAGUGAAGCCAAUUUUUACGUAGAUGAUGAGAAAAUAGCAGUUGCGUUACUUGACUGUGAUCGUAAAAUUACAACUACUGAUGGAUACAAAUUAUUAGUAAGAGUCUCAAAAUCACCGUUUCCUCAAUGUGAAAUUGAUGCCAAACUGAAAGAAAGAUUGAAACAAGCCAUGGCUAAACGAUAUAUGCAUGCUACAAAUGCACUAGACUUGUCAAGGUUUCACAGAGAUCCAGAUCUUAUUUCCGACUACUUUUGUGCACUAUUUCAAUCUCCAAUAUUAAAAGCAGUAUUAGACAUUGUAUCAGAAUACAUACCAAAUUUAGAGGCAUUAAAUUUGGAUGGAAAUAAGUUACAGACAAUCCAAAAUUUAAAUAUUCUGAAUAGAAAAUUUUUAAAGUUAAAGAUACUGUAUAUUGGAGAUAACAGGAUAAAAGAUAUUAAUCAAUUGGAUAUUAUCAAAGAUCUGAAAUUGGAAGAGCUUAAAUUGGCAGGGAACCCUAUAUGCAACAAAUAUAAAUCUCGGCAAAAUGACUACAUUAGCGACGUGCGGAAAAGGUUUCCUAAACUCCUGCGACUGGAUGGUAUGGAUCUCCCAAAGCCAAUCUUAUUCGAUGUAGUGGACGAAGGAAACAAAAUACCCCUUUCUCAGAGGAUGUUUGUUGCAAAUGCAAAAGCACAAGAAGUUGCUAGUCAAUUUCUACAGCAAUACUUUCUCAUAUUUGAUAGUGAGAAUCGCCAACCAUUGCUAGAUGCGUAUGUCGAACAUGCGUGUUUUAGCAUGACCGUGUCUUAUCCUCCUCACUAUACUAAUAAAUUAAAUGGCUACCUAAUGGAAAAUAGAAAUCUAAUGGAAAACAAGAACCUAAUGGACAAUAGAAACCUCUACAGAAUAAACGAUACAAACAGAAAGCAGAAGUUAUUAAAACAUGGUCGUUUGCCUGUAGUUUCAUUUAUUUCCGAAAUGCCACAAACUUCCCACUAUCUGAAUACUUUCACAAUGGACAUCAGCCUGAUUACAGACGGAAUAAUGUUGAUUACAGUUACUGGACUGUUCAAAGAGCUUGACAAGAAGGAACAGCCUGUUCGUUACUUUAAUCGAACCUUUAUAAUAGUACCAGAAGGAAAUGGUUACUGUAUUCGAAAUGAACAACUACAUAUCAGUCAACCGACAGACGCACAAUUAAAACAAUUGAGUAGUCAACCACAAACGCAAAUGAUCCAGGAUCCAGGAUCACAGACUCCUUCGAUUAGCGGCAACGAAAAAUCAUUAACGGUUCAAUUAUCCGAAGACGUAAAACAACAAAUGACGAUGACGCUUAGCCAACAAACAAACAUGAACUUAGAAUGGAGUUUAAAGUGUUUAGAAGAAGUAUCAUGGAAUUAUGACAAUGCGCUUUCUGCGUUUCAAGAAUUUUACAAGCGGGGACAAGUACCAGCGGAAGCAUUUAAUAAAUAAGAAUAUAAUACAUGAAAAAGUAAGAGUUAGAGAAAUUUCAAUCUUAUUCGUUAUUUUUUUUUUUGCUGCAUGUGUCUUUACAGUACAUGAUACAUUUGUAUCGUAACCAGUGUAAAGGUGCAGUUUUUCUAGAUAUUAGUUCUUUUUCUUUUCUUUAAUAUGUGUUACAAAUGGAUAUUGACUUUUUUUUCUUGCUUUAUAAUUAUAAGAAAUUACUGCUUAAAGUCUUAUGCGUUUAUUGUCUUUAUAGCGAAUAAAAAGAGGAUUGUUGUAAAAUACUGAAAGUAACCAAUAAUUUUUUCCACAAAGUAAUGUGUUUAACAGCAAUCUUCUUUUUAUGUCAAUGAAAUGCAUAAUGCUUUUAUUAUUAAAGAAUACAAGAUGUAUAUUAUUUUUAUUUGAAGAGUAGUUGUCUUUCGUAAGUUAAAAUUUAGCCAUGAUUUUUAGCUUUAAAAAAUUUCAGGGAAUGUUAAUACUAGUGUGUGAUACAAUUGAUUUUGACUUUCAUUUUUGUAUGUCUGAAGUUUCAUAGAGCGAUGAAAUAUUCCAAACUUCACAUUUUAAUUUCUUAUAAUUAUUUACAACAUAUAAUUGUAAUUCACUUUUGGAAUUAUAUCGAAUAUGAGCAUUGUGUUCAUUAUGAGAAACAGAAAUAAUACUUAGAUUUCUCGCACUGCUAGUUCGAUUAGGAAUCCUAUUUCGUAUGUGUAUAAUGAUGCGCAUUUUAUAUUAUGAUUCAAGUAAUCUAUAUCUGAUACGUUUGGUCCAUCCGAGAAUACGUGUGCGAUAGUACUCUAACGUUUGUAAAUAGACAAUUUUAUAAUACUAUGUAAUUAUUUGUGCCUUUCUUUGAUUAAACUCUCAAAUGAAAUGAGCAUCAUUAUGUAUUUGAUAUAGAUUAAUUUACAUUAAAUUUAAUAAGGUUACAAUAUCAUGAAUGUAUAAUCUUAGAAAGAUUAUAUCACAUCUUACUUCAUAUCAUGCUGGUUGUUUCUAUUUAUAAUAAAUAUGUUACAUAAUUUUAUGAACAUUUAAAUAAUGAAAACAUCUAUCACAUAACACGAAAAAAAAUCUAUUCUCUCUGUAGCGAAUUUCUUUAAUCAGUUUGAUAUUGAAGUUAUUGUGAUAAAAUAGUUCUAGCAAAAGAAUUUAACAUCGAUAAUAAAAGAAAUACGAAUCAACCAGCUUGAAACGUUUGUAUCAGUUGUUAGGAAUUGAAAUACCGUGUUAAUUUUAUACCUUUCGGAAUUUGCGCAAAUUUAUAUAUAGAUGCAUUGUUAAUAUCUAUAUCCAUCAUUAUAUGUUCAGUCAAAUCUGCAAAUCCAAAGAUUAGCUACAGUUCGUGAGCAUAAAUUAUUCGUUGGUAUCCAUAAAGAACGCGCGUUUAAUAAAACGAUAUCACUUUAUUAUGUUACACAUAUCCAGAGGAUAAAGAUGAACUAUGUUAACUACUACACAAUAUGUAAUCUAUUCAAUUUAUUCAUUUCUGAAAAUGGUCGAAUCGCCUUUGUGACGAAAGAGAAGGACGCUGAUGAAAGAACGAAAAACAAUAGUUCUGAUGGAUCAGUUGGAAUUCUAACAAGAAAGUUUGAUCUCCUUUCUUGUCAAAGCUUGUCGAUAUGCAACAAAAUGUGCUACGACAAACAGUCACACAAUAUUUGUGCAAUGUUACAAACUAACAUGAACAAAAAGGCUGAACUGCACUCGACCGUAUCAGUUACUCCUGCGGACUGAACCCACAGAAAGUUUCGUGCUGUAUUGAUGUCGAUCAGACAGGAGCUAUAACUGGCUCUCAAUUCUAUGUCUUUUUGAAAGACAUAGUAAAUCAUACUGACACACGAAACUGAUCGGAAUGUAUGACAACGAAACUAAAGAAUGAAACAAAAUGUAUUCGAUGUAACGCAGUUUGUUUGAAAGAAUUAUUCUACGACAUAGAGUUGUUAUUACAAUUGUAUAAAAUAAGCAUGAUUGAUGUAUUACCGAAAGUAUAAUUUAUGCUCACAUUCUGUACAGAUCUUACUAAAUGACAGAAUAUUUGUAGCAGUACUGAAAGUUCUUUGGGAAAAAUAUUUGUUCCAACGUACUACUAGUUGUUAUCAAGUAUUUUUCGUUUUGCUACAUAGAAAGAA